AUGAAGCUUGCAAUAAUCGUGGUGGCCAUGAUUCUUUUGUCCUGUUUUGAACCAACAAUACAGGUACAAAAACGGCGAGGAAGAGUGCUGCGCAUGUGCGAGAAAAGAUUUUCCACUUGUUUGACAAACAGCAGAUUCAGACGGGAUUAUAAGGCUGGACCCAAGUGCUGUGGAAGAGCAUGGACUGUACGUUUAACUAAUGAGUUCAAUAGACUGAAUCCCUGACAGAUCAGUUUUAUUAGUAACAAAAAAAACAUCAAUGAAAAAUCAAAACAAACAAAGCAGCAAAUUAAACUGAUUUCAUCUUUGGCGUGAAUAAGUUUGACAAAAGUUGUGCUCUAAACAACCGAUUUAUACCGAUAAGAUCUGAUUCCUGCCUUGUACCCAGAAGUCUCUCUUGAUGAAAAUUUGCGCGCAUAGGAAGGCGGGAAGGAGAAAACUGGCUUCGCCUCUAACCUUUUUCCUCCCCAUGGUCCCUUGCGCUUCCUCACCAGUCACUCGCGUGUCACUCGCGUUUCGCGCUCGCCUCUGUGCGAAAAACGAAGCACUUGAGGAGGAGGCUGAUAUGAUUCAACCUCUCAAGGAGCCAAAAUAGCUCUGUUCCAAACUACUGAGUCAGGCAACUCCAAGAACCAUAAUACUAAAAUGGCGGGUUUUUGCAUCUCUUUUUGAAAAGUCUUUUCAUGCACCAAUUUAGAGGAACUAAACCGGAAAGACCUUUACGAAGGCCUUUUAGAUAAACUCAAAUCUCCCAAAUGUCUUUUGUUUUGCUUUUGGGUAAUUUAGGGACAGAAGAACGUCUAAUUUGUAAAACAAAAUGGAAAAAAUAACUUUUUUCUUUUCAUUUUCCUGUAAGGUUUGUCAGUUGCAUCGCUUCUACUGUCGAAUGAUUUGCCAACCUCGCUACAGAGUCUGCAUGUGCAAAAUCGGGUUUUCCUUUUACUGCUGAGAAGCCUGGGAACGACUUGCUAUGUCCCGGAUGUGGCAUUGCUAAGCAACCGAGGUCACAAGCAGAUCAUUUAGUUGAUUUAGACAUUUGUUAGCUCACUGCGUUUUGGGUUACUACAAU